AUCAGCGGGAACCUUCGCCGCCGCCUGUGCCCGCGAGACCAAGAAGGAUAGUGCCGCGAGACAGAUGUGGGUUGCGGGGCGGGUGUGCGUGUACGUGUGCAGUGCAUCCGGGUCCUAGGGACUCCCCGUCAUCUGUGCAGGAGGCGACGGGACCCGCUGCCCCAUCCGGCUCCCUCCCUUGUUUUUGCUGCGUGAGGGAAGUUGUCAGGGCGGUCUUGGUGGGGGCGAGGAGUGACUGGAGAGAGAGCGCGCUUGAGGAGAAAGCGAUCCUUUCCUUGGGCUCCCAAAAAGCCGCGGAGGUUGCAGCAGUUACAUAGAGGGGACUUCUUUAUACUGAGAAGCAAUGGAAGAAGGAGCAAGUCCAAUGCAGCCAGACAAUGAAAACCAGAUAUCAGAUUCUGAAGAUGGAUGUGGGUGGCAAGUUACAGACAUGACUAGACUGCGCCGUUUCUUGUGUUUUGGUUCUGAAGGAGGUGCAUUCUAUGUCAAGGAACAGAAACUGAGCUUUGAAAGUGUAGAUGCUCUUUUGAGGCUUAUUGAAGGUGGCAAAGGUUAUGAAGCAGUGCAAGAAAUAAAGACAUUCAGCCAGGAAGGUAGAGCAGCAAAACAGGAUCCAGUAUUGUUUGCGCUUGCCAUUUGUUCACAAUGUUCUGAUGCCAAAACCAAACAAGAAGCUUAUAAGGCUGUCCCUGAAAUUUGUCAUAUACCAACCCACCUCUUCACUUUCAUCCAGUUUAAAAAGGAUCUGAAGGAAGGCAUGAAAUGUGGCAUGUGGGGCCGGGCCCUGAGAAAAGCUGUUUCAGUUUGGUACAAUGGAAAGAAUGACAUGGCGAUUGCUUUGGCGGUGACAGCAUACAAGAAGAAAAAUGGCUGGUGUCAUAAAGACCUUCUCAGGUUAUCACAUCUAAAGCCUGCAAAUGAAGGCCUGGCCAUUGUCACUAAGUAUGUAAUGAAGGGAUGGAAGGAAGUCCAAGAGACAUAUAAAGAGAGCAGGCUUUCUGCUGAGGCUGAAAAAGUGUUGACGUAUUUGGAAGCAGUGGAAAGGGUAAAGCAUACAACGGAUGAACUGGAAGUGAUUCAUUUGAUAGAAGAGCAUAGUUUAGUUAGAGAACACCUCCUGACAAGUCACUUGAAAUCUAAAGAGGUAUGGAAAGCACUGCUACAGAACAUGCCCGUAACAGCAGUAUUGAAAAACCUGGGGAAAAUGACAGCAAAUUCUGUUCUUGAACCGGGAAGCUCAGAGGUAGCAAUGGUUUGUGAAAAAUUAAAAAAUGAAAAACUUCUUAAAAAGGCUCAGAUACACCCAUUCCAUAUUUUGGUUGCAUUAGAAAACUAUAAAGGAGAGCGUGGUUAUCGGGGAAAACUGCACUGGCAACCAGAGAAGGACAUCUUGGAAGCUCUAAAUACUUCAUUUUACAAGUCCUUCAAGGCAUUAGAACCAAUGGGAAAGCGUAUCUUAGUUGCUGUUGAUGUUAGUGAUUCUAUGUUACAAAAGGUUUUUGGUAGUGUGCUGAAUGCUAGUACCAUUGCUGCAACUAUGUGCAUGGUUGUGGCACGCACUGAAAAAGAUUCCCACAUUGUUGCUUUUUCCCAUGAUAUAGUUCCUAGUCCUGUGACUGAGGAUAUGACUUUACCACAAGUAUUACAGAAAAUGUCUGAGAUUCCAAGGGGUGCCACUAAUUGUUCUGCUCCAGUGCUCUGGGCCCAAAAGACAGGUGUAGCAGUUGAUGUUUUUAUUAUCUUUGUGGAUAGUGAGACCUUUGCUGGAGAUGUUCACCCUGCCACAGCAUUGAGACAGUAUAGAGAGAAAAUGGGUAUUCCAUCCAAGCUAAUUGUUUGUGGAAUGACAUCCAGUGGCUUUACAGUUGCAGACCCAGAUGACAGAGGGAUGCUGGAUAUUUGUGGUUUUGAUACAGGAACACCCAUUGUCAUUCAAAACUUCAUUUUGGAUUUGAUCUAAACCUGUGAGCACCCUUUUUUCUAAAGCUAUUAACUUCCUGAAGAAUUGACUGGGACCUAUCAAUUGAAUUAACAAGACUCUAUUAAUUCAAGGCUAAGUUUCAUACCCCUGUUGGAGUAUUAACAUUUUAAAAGAGAUGUAAAAACAGCCAGUGGAAACUCUACUUUCUGAACAUACUAUUUACAUCUAUUGUGCAUAAUUUUAGGUUUCUUAUUGCUUUUUAGAACUAAAUAUGGAAUACAGUGAAUGCUUUUAAUUUUUUAUAUUAGUUUAACUAUGACAAUGUAUUCCAUUACUGAAGAUUUUAUUUUCCUAGAAUGAUUUUAGGGUGUUAAUCACAGCGAAUCAAAUGAUGAGACAGGGCUUCAUCUUUUUACACUGUUUCAGGUUAACAACUGUUUGAUUGGAAUAACUUGAUUGGAAUAACUUAUUCAAUUAUCUGAGAAAAAUGAGCCACGUAUGCAUUACAGGUUAUAUUACUUCUAUCAUUGCUCAUUAGUUCCUAUUACUUUAUGGUUACCAUUUACCACUGGCAACUUGAUGUUCUCCUUGUGUUUAGCAAACAUUUUGUAUUAAGCAGUGUUGGGAAAUCUGGAAACAACAGAUUAUUCCCAAGGAUAUUGAUUUAAUGAUUAUACUUUAGCCUUUGAAAUUCUUGUUUCAAAAAAAGUCUUGCAAAGCCCAUCAAUUUUGUGCACAUUAUAGUCUAACUCAAUGUUUCUCAAAUUUGACAAUCUUAAGAUAUGUGGACUUCAACUCCUAGAAUUCCCCAACCAGGAAAUUGCCAAGUUUGAGAAAUACUGAUCUAACUGGUCUGUGUUUUAUUUCUUGACAAUAGAUACUUUUAUUCCAGUUCUUAGAAGUAUUCAUAGUUUUAGGCACUCCAUCUCAAUUUCUGCAUAACAUCCUCCCCCCUCUGAACACCCCCCACUAUGUAUAUAUUCUACUCUACUAUACUGUAGCAAAGUAAGGAUCCAAAAAAAGGAACAUACACAGAAUCCUUAUACUAUACAAUAUUUCCCAUGGUAAUAGAUACAUGUCAUCAAAUCAACUCCUAGAAAAGAGCCUUAAUAGAUAUUAAUGUAUUCUUCAGAGAAGAGAUGGCAGGAAGAUGAAAGUUUACCCUCCUAACAAUUCCCGAAUGCUUCUCUUGGAAGCAUUCCAUUCAUUGAGACAGAAUUUAUGUAAAAGCGCCUCGGAGCAAGAUUAUUUUCUUCUUCUCUUGCCAUUAUGUACACGAAGAUGCCAGUGCUUGCUUUUCAACUUCUUCAACCAACUUCUUCAGAUAGUUUGGGUCGCUGAAGAAGUAUAUGUAGAGUUUGCAUUCCAUCUUCUGGAAGUGGCCCUGCAGAUAAUUUGUUUUGGGUCUCUAAGUUGAUCGGGGUGUCCAUUAGAAUUUCACAGACUUUAGCUUGUGUGAUGCUAAGUUGCUCCAGAGGAUCUGACAAUUCCUGAGCACGAAGCAUUAGCUGCUUGGAGUCACCAUACAUCAAAUACUACAGUGCCUUGUUCUCAGACUUUAGUUUAAGAUACUGAGUAAAUAGGGUGGCUAGCUGUACUUGAAGCAUUCGGAGUUCCUGGCACAAUCAUGAACCUGUGCUUGCCAAAGUCUCAUAUGAAUGUGAAAAUUGUUUCUCUUGAUUGUGUUUGCCCAGCAACUCCACAACCGUAAGGUAGUGAGGUCACUAGGAUCUAUCAAAAUCCAUGGGCAUUGCUUAAUGGAGAAUCUUGAAUCCUCAGAGCAGGAUGGCCAUUCUUCUAACUUAGACUGAGAUUCUUUUCAGGACAGUCAUCAGUCCCUCCAGCUUAGUUCCAGUCCAUUGCAGAUUCUUUUCAACAUCAGCAAGAGUUUCAGCACCUCAAAGUGGCUGAGCUGCCCAAUAACUGGUCAAUAGCUUCUUCUUA